UGCAUAUGUCAGCUUUUAAGGUUGAGUGCUGUAGGCAAUGCAGGGCUGAUCUUAUAAGGAGUUCUGUGAGUUUUCAUCCCCUGAGAUGCUGAAAAGUCUGCAGCACUGGAGCCUGACUGAGUGUGCAGUAAAAAAGACAGCAAUCACAGCAGUGAUUAUUUCUAUUUACCUCAGUAUGUAAGGACCAAGCCACAGUAUGGCGUCCUGGAGAAAUUCUAGCAGUAUUAAUAUGGACUCGGCAGUGGAAUAUGCUGCCAUUGAAUCCGAAAUCUACCGUAGCCUGCUAACCAUUAUGAGAGAAAUGGACCUUGAGCAACAAACUGUCAACAAAGGGAUGCUGAGAUGGACAUUACAUAAGAAAGUGCAGGACAGUUCUCUCAGGAGUCUGGCUUUGGUGAGAGUGGCCAUCAAGGAACUAGAACGAGCUGAAAGAACUGACUGCAAGAAGCAUCUCAUUCCUCUGCUUAAUACACUCAUAUAUGCUGUAAUGCAGACUGUAUACAUACCUGAUGACCUCUAUAAAAGAGUUUAUGACUUCUGCAAGAGGUUGUUGACUCUGCCUCAGCCCUACUGCACUGUGGGCCUUAGUUAUGCUGGCCAAAUGAAAGCAGAACGAUUUGCUCCAGGCCUUUUGUAUCAGAAAAGGGUAAUUGCAGAACAAAGUCUGAAAAAUGAACACUAUCCUCAGCAGGAGAGGGUGUUUGUGUUUGCGGAUCCUGCAGUAUUUUCUGAGUCUCUCAGCACUGUUCUGAAGGCUGACAUUGAGGCUCAAGGAAUGUUCCGGAACCCAUUGAGCUUGAUGCGCUGUGUAGUGCAACACAGUCUUCAAGCGGUACUGGGAGAGAAUUGCCAUGGGUCCGCUCUCAAUGAUGCAUUACAGGACCAGGAUGUGGAGUCGUACUUUAAUGAAGUGCUUGCAGCAGUGGACCAGAGCACAGACGGUAACAGAGGUGAUCAUGGUCAGAUCAGGCAGAAACUACAAGAGUUAUACUUACAGAUCCUACAUGACACCAAUAAAGGUCUAUUGUCCAGCGGCUCCCUGUGCGAUGUUCCGCUUCCCAAUCCGGAGAUGAGUUUCCAUCUGUGGUGGGAGGAGGAGGAGCUCUGGAGAGAACUGGCCAAAUUCAUUCGUUCUGGAUCGAUUAGCGAAAGCCUUAUGAGUUCAGAAGACUUCUAUAUGUCAGACUUCCCCACAGACCUCAACUCAGACAUGCCACGGCACUCUAUCAUGUCGACGGAUAGUGGUAUAGAGCGUGACAUGCAAGGAACUGAGGCUUCUGAUAUGGAAUUUAUUGGAGGAAGAACCUUAAAGCCUGAAAUUACCAGUGGGCGACUCUCGCGACGGGGAGGAAUUAAGGUGAAGCCAACAGUCACCGACAGCAUGGCUCUGAUGCAGGACGUACUGGAGGAGACGGGCACAGCUGGCAGCAGUAGCACACUGCAGAGGAGAGCAGGAAACAGUAGUACAACCUUGCCCAAGGAAGAACGGGACUACACUGCUAAAAUAGUGGUGAUGGGAGAUGACCGGGCAGUGGGAAGGCUAGCCAGGGCAUACUACUGGUUAAGGAAACGAGAAGCCAGAAGACGGUUUCUUACUAUGAAAGUCAACCUACAAAUGUACUACAUCCCUGUUGUUCGCCAGUCAUCUACAGCUUCUCCUGUGAGGGAGAACGUGCCCUUAACAAGCAAUAGCAUCUGUGCUCUGGGCUCUUAUCUUGGAAUGAUGGAUCCGUGGUACGAAUGCAAUGUCUGUAGCCUUGGCCAGAUGAUUCCUGAUCUUGCAAGAACGUCCAGCACUGGCAAACCACAAGAAUCUGACCUUUUCUUAGCUGACGUCAUCUCAUACUACGUGCGCAUGGGACAGCAGCCGGUGUACUUCAACAUUUACUACAUUAAGAUUUAUUUUUCCAACAAGUCCAAAGAACCUGUGGAAGAAGUUUUUGUCACAGACCUGGAAGUGGAUUUUCCAGAGUUCAGAAUGGCCCAAGCUAUACAUAAAGACACUGGUAAACAGAAGAAGAUGCCUGCCGAGCUCUGCGGGGCACUGAUCUCAUUUAGCUACCUAAAAGUGUCGCUAAGCAACAGGGAGGUUGAGAGAGGAUUCUCACUCAGAACCACAGGCGCUCAGAUUUCAGCAAUACCACAAAACAAAACUGAAGAUCUCAACUGUCUAACGGUCACUUUCAGUGACAUAAAGCCAAAGAGUAUCACGGAGACAAAGAUCAGAACAUGCAAUUUUAAAUUGAAAACACCAGACAAAUCAACUUUCACAGUGCGCUUGGACAAAGACUUUCGAAGGAAAUUUAUGAAUGUUGAGAGCAUUGAGGUUGCUCCAUGUCGAGACCCUGGAUAUUACAUUCAAAAAUCCUUAAAGUCAAAGUUCGUGGCAGAAGGCGACAGUGAUGCUGGACUGAGCAAAUACAUGAGCAAAGGAUUGACUUUGCCUGUUAACACGUUUGCUGGAAUAAUUGACUAACGAACAAGGAUCUGGAUGAAGGCUGCUUGCUGUCAAAGGCCAGUUUUGGACACUUGCAGUGUGUUAUGUGUAUUGUGUUUUAAACAAUGCACUGUGCGGUAGUGUCGCCAUGUGGUCAAAUGAUCAGCUAAGACACUUUACCAAGCAGGUUUUACUGCACUAUAUACUUUUCUCUUUGAAUCACAAGUUGAUCGAUCCAGGAAGUAUUUUAAUCUGUAACACAGCUAACUCACUAACACUAAUGCAGUCACGGUAUUGAGUUUCUCAGAGACUUAAGAUUUACUUGAACUUGUUUUCUGCUUUAACAAUCAACCUGUUCCUUCAUAAGUACACAUGAAGGAGAGAAUUCUCCACAUGAUGCCAACAGAUUUUUUGCCAGAAAAAUAGAGUAACUGUUUAUUACAGUAUAAAACAGUAACAAUGUGCAGUGAUUAGUAUGUCUGUAUAACAUACUGUAAAAUGCAUGCCAUAUGACCAAGUGUUUCAGAGAAACUGACAUUAGCUUAAUGAUUUGCACAUCUUUGAUACAUUCUUUGUUUAAUGCUUUUUUAACCCACUAUACAUGUUUACAUUCGGGACCUUCCGUAGGAAGUUUUUAUAGCAUCAAAAACAAAGAUAUGAGUUUUUAUUACUGUCUGUGAUUGAUAUGUGUCAAAAAGCACCAUUGUUACACAAAUUGUUCACGUUUUGAAAGGUUGUAUUGUGCAUUAAGCUGCGUGAAAAUCUUUCUUUGAAACAGUAAGUGGUGCCAAUAUUUUGAUCAGACUUCAAUCUCUGUACAUUCUGAAUUAUAUUUUGGGAUUCUUUUCCAGCAGCUCUGAUCUGAUAGUCCCAGUCUUCCAGUUACUCCAACCAUUUAUUUGAAAGAACAAAUAUAUAAUCACAAUACGAUCGGCCAAGUUUAAUUCACUUCUAUUACUUUUAGUUUUACGGCAUUAAUUUAUGCCACUACUUUGCACAAUUGCUGAUUUGACCUCUGUUUUUGUAAAUAUUGUGAUUUGAUUUUGUAAAUAAAUAUGCUAAAUAAAUGUAGCAUUU